UGUAGAAAAGAUAUUGAGUUGCGCAUGCGCCCUACAACUCGAGCGUCAAGUGUGUGUGAUUGGUUUAUGACAAUAAAACGCCAUGUCCAGAUUGAAAACUUUAAUUUGGCCUCAAGUUAUUCUUUUCGGGGAUUCCAUCACCCAGAAUUCCUUUCAAGUGAACGGAUGGGGUUCCGGCAUCGCCGAUAAAUUAGCAAGGAAGUGUGACGUAGUUAACAGAGGGCUGUCGGGCUACAACUCCAGAUGGGGAAGGAUUGUUCUUCCCCGAAUAGUGCAUCAGGACGAGUUGGCCAACAUCUCAGCAGUUACUGUCUUCUUUGGAGCCAACGACUGCGCCCUGCAAGGUAUACAACUUCUCAUUCUGGUUCCUCGUUUACGACGGCACCGACAUGCGACGUUGCGAUCUAGUUUCCUCAGCGGGGGAGAUAAGAACCCUCAGCAACAUGUCCCUCUUCAUGAGUACUCAGAGAACCUGAAAGCAAUGAGCAGCCACCUGGCAAAGGCCGGGGUCCCUGCAGGCAAGGUCAUCUUCAUAACCCCUCCUCCUAUCCAUGAGGCAGCCUGGGAGAAAGAGUGCAAGCUGAAAGGCUGUCCUCUCAAUCGACUGAACUCUGUGGCGGGUCAGUACGCUCAGGCGUGUGUUCAGGCGGCUACUCAGUGCGGCGUUGACGUCUUGGACUUGUGGACGCUCAUGCAGAAUGACGGACAGGACUUCACAGUUUACCUUUCGGAUGGUCUCCACCUGUCUGAAAAAGGCAACCAGUUUGUGAUGCAGCACCUUUGGAAGCUGCUGGAGAGCAGAGUGGCUCAUCUGCCCUUCAUCCUGCCCUACUGGGGGGAUGUGGACGCCGGGGUCCCUGAGAACAGCCUGCUGUGCGACCAAUGAAGAAGAUGGACAAGACGACAUGAGGACUCUCAUUUGGAAGAGCUUGAACAACAUUACAUUUUCUGUAUGUAAUCAAAUCAUUUAUUGGGAUGUGUGUAAGUAAUGCAAGCAAUGGACAUGAAUAAAAGCAUUUCAGUGAGUAACAA